CCCGUCCGUACCGGUCCCUCCUCUAAAGCAAACUAAUUGGGUCUCUGAGUUGCGUCUGUUUCCUAAUUGGGGGGAUUUUUCUGUCGGUCAGUAGUGAACUAUGUCUGUUUCUUCCUUGUCUGGAUUUAAAGCAGUUUGAAAUUGUAACUGAAGAGAAGGGGAGUCAGGGUUGGGUUUCAUUACGGGAAAGGCAGAAGCAAGUACAUUAUUUAAAAAAAAUAAUAAAAUAAAAUAAAUCGUGAUGGGACACAGUUUGAAUCAAGGACACAUAUCAACACUGCAAAAACACGCCUGGAAAAUGCUCAACGUAUAGAUCAAAUGAGGAAGUUUCGGAGGCUUGUUUUUGCACUUGGGAAGAAACAAUUAACUACUGCUGGUACCAGCUUCACUGUCGUAUUGUAGUUACAUUAUAAAUUCUGAAAAAAGUCAGGUGAAAUAAAUGUGCAUUUUGCAGGUGCAACACUGCAAAAGAAUGAGAGAGAUGGCGCUAAUCGAAACAAAGGAGCUAUGAAAAAAACUGAACAAGAUUGAAUGAAUGAAUAUGAAAUUUGAAAAGCGGAUGGUGCAUAAGAAAAUAAACUUUUCAUGAAAAAAUAAGGGCCAAAUGCAUGGCAAUUUAGGAGAAGCUGCACAAUAAAUUUCUCGACCCAAUCGAACGAUGGCAACAGCAAAGUCUAAGACAUGCUCUGUUGUGAAUAGUGCUGGUCAUAGCCCUAGCUGUGAAGGUGGCACGAUGAAAGAGGAUGCCAACAAUGCAGCUGCACAAACCGCAACAGCUUUAACAGCAGCACUGACACUGGAGCAGAGAAGUUACAAACUGGACGACUUUGACACUGUGUCUACUGUUGGGACUGGAACCUUCGGGCGUGUCUUUCUGGUAAAGGAAAAGAAAACAAGAGGAUAUUUUGCCCUGAAAGCAAUGAAAAUUCCUGAUGUCAUUCGAUUAAAGCAGGAACAGCAUGUACAGAAUGAAAAGGCAGUAUUAUCGGAGGUUAACCACCCUUUUCUAAUCAGAUUAUUUUGGACCCAUCAUGACGAGUGUUUUUUGUAUAUGCUAAUGGACUAUGUGCCCGGCGGUGAACUCUUCAGUUACUUACGCAACAUGGGGCGCUUCAACAACAGCACAGGACUGUUUUAUUCUGCAGAGAUCGUAUGUGCAAUAGAAUACCUACACUCCAAGGAAAUCGUUUACAGAGACUUAAAACCUGAGAAUAUAUUACUGGACAGAGACGGCCAUAUCAGGCUUACAGACUUUGGAUUUGCUAAAAAGUUGGUGGACAGGACAUGGACUCUCUGUGGGACACCUGAAUACCUUGCACCAGAAGUGAUUCAGAGUAAAGGUCACGGCAGAGCGGUGGACUGGUGGGCUUUGGGAGUACUCAUCUUUGAGAUGCUCUCGGGAUAUCCUCCAUUUUUUGAUGACAAUCCAUUUGGUAUUUAUCAGAAGAUUCUGGCCGGCAAAAUAGAUUUUCCAAGACAUUUGGAUUUCAAUGUAAAAGACCUCAUUAAGAAAUUCCUUGUUGUUGAGAGGACAAGGCGGCUAGGCAACAUGAAGAAUGGAGCAGAUGAUGUGAAGAAACACAGGUGGUUCAAGUAUAUAGACUGGGAUGCUGUGCCUCAGAGAAAACUUAAGCCGCCAGUUGUGCCCAAAGUAUCUCACGAAGGAGAUACAUCAAAUUUUGAAGCUUAUCCAGAAGAUGACUGGAAAAAGGACCCCCCUGUACCUCCUAAGGAUUUGGAAAUGUUCAAGAAUUUCUGAUGGAAUCUGACAGUCUAUGAUAUAAAGGAAUGCCUUGAAGAGCUGGGAAUGUGUUGGUUAUCAUCCUACAGCCUUUCAAUAUAUGCAGGAAUCAAAGUCCCCGUCUUUAAUUAAAGCAGAGGAAUAAAAGACUCUUUUAAAGAUCGGAAUGAUAAACAUGCAGAAACCUUUGUGCGCAGGGUUUUUUUUUUCUUUUAUGGGCAUCAACUUUACAAAAUUGUCUGGGAAGUAAAACGUUUGAAGUAAAAUAACUGAAAAAUAAGUAACAUUUACCUCUAAGUUUAUAUUAAAGUUGUAAAUUUAAUGGUGCACAUUGUUGAAUAUGUAUAUACAGUAUAUAGUAGGGAUUUUGUGGUACUGAAGCACAAAAAAUGGUCAAAUGUAUAAAUGCCAGUAAAUCCUCACAUGGUUUUAUUUUGAUUGUGCUUUUAAAAUGCAGUGCUAUAGAGCAGUUGUGUUGAGUAAAACACUCCUCAUUAACUGGUCAAGGUGGCCACAUUCUCAUGUAAUGAGUAAUUUGAGGGCUUUCAUUUAGUACAUUUUAGUUGUUUUGUAUUAUUUAUUUCUGAGUGAGGUGGUUUUGAUUAAUGGACUUUCAUUCAUAGGAGAGGUAUUGUUUUUGCACUUGACAUAACACCAUUGUAAAACCCCUUAAAAAGAUAUUCAUGUGUUACACAUUCAUAAAACAAAGAAACUGUGUAGAUUAGAGCACUUGCCAUAAUUAGAGGCCGUACUUCUAUCUUUUUUUUUAUGUAACUUUGAACAUAAUUCAGGCUGAAAUAAUUGCAAAGAUGCAGGUAAGAGAGUAGCUACAGUAGGGUGGGGUCACUGAGCCAUUCUGAGAAAUGUUUAACUAAUAAAGAUGAUCUCUUGUUUUAUAUAGCAUUAAGGAGGGACAGUAUGCUUGUAUUCUUGUGUUGCACUGAACAUAUAGAGGUACAUAAUGUAAUACACAUGCUAUGGAAAAAUCUAAAUGUUAAUAUUAAUACUGGUAAUUGGGACAUUGAAUUUAGGAGUAAAUUAGUCAUUUUCUUCAAAGGAUGGCGUUUAUUUUAUUUUAUUGCAGAAAUGAAUAAUUAAAUGUGCUGAAGAAAGAACAUUUGCUACAUGUGCAUACUGUAAUAUACUUAUUCUGAGUUUGCUGUUUUUGUGUCUGUUAUCACUUGAGUCUACAAGACCAAUUGUGUUUGCCCUUAGGGGCUAAAUAAUACUGUUUUGGGACAAUUAUAAUUAAUGGGGUCCAGCACAGAUGUUGCUGAUAAAAAAGCAGGGUCUUAAAACUCUUCCAGACAGCUAAUAUGGUAUGAAGAUAAUCCCACUGCUCAUAUACAUCUGUUCAAAAAACUUUCAGAACAGAAAUGUUGUUUUUUUUUUAGUAUUGUCUUUUGGGGUCCUACCCAGAAUCCUUUAUCUAGUUAUAUGUCCCCUCAGAGAGAUAUAAAUUGUUUUGAAGAGUAAGUAGCUUCAAAUGUCAUUUUAACUACUUUUUAAAAAAAAACACUUUUGUUAGUGUUUUAUGGUGGUAUGGUUCUGUUGCUCCAAUACUGAAUUAACCUGCCUUUGAGAUUGCUCUGAGCUAGUCCGGUGAAUCCUAAAUGCAGGGACUCGAACAGCAGUCCACAUUCCAUUAAAGUGAUGUGACAAUGUGACUGUUGAACUCUGUUAGUGCCACCUAUGCUCUCUUGUGUAUGUAGGUAGAGUAGAUGCAUUGUAGAAAGGUAACAUUGUCAAAUGAAUUGAGUGGCAUGAGAAAGGCUGUUCAGUGCCCUUAUUUAGGGUACUCCAAACAAGCUGGUUAACCAGGUAAAGGCAGAUUGUAAGAAAAAUAAUAACUCAAUAAAGGAGCAACCGAACUCAGAACCACUCAUGAUUACAAACGCUGUAAAAAUGUUAAAAAAAAUGAAAGCUGCUUGUUCUUUUAAUUAAAAUCCUAGAAAGUACUGUCUGCACUAUUUUGUCUGGAAGCUCUGAGGGGCUGUUUUAAACCAGCUUUCUGCUGAAUGUUUUUAUUUAUUUUUAGGGGGUGGGAGAUGUAGGGUAAAAACAUUGGGUUAUUACUAUGAUGCUGGUGCAAACUAAACCAUAUAACCUACUUCUUCUUGUUCCUGUUUUAAGAACGGUGUGUCACGUGUUUUUUUUUUUGUUUGUUUGUUUUGUUCAUUUAGAUUUUUUCAAUUAAGUUGUGUGGUGCACAUCUUUAGAUUGAGCAUGUUGAUGCAUGGAAUAAAGCAGUGUUAACUGCUUGCAGCCUACAUUAAAUAGGGGUACAAAAAGACCAUGGUGGACACUGGUCUGAUUUCAGUGCUAAUAGAUGUACAGCAGUUUUGCAUAGUCAUACAGACUGAUGAUAGUGCUUGGAGUUCUCCGUUCAGAAAAAUAACUUUUGCGACUUAAGAGUCAUAAUGAUCCAUGCUACAAAAUGUUAGUUUACAGGAAAUGGAACAGUUAUCACCUUUUAUAUAUGUGAAUGAUACCUUAUUUGUGUGUUAAUUGUUUGUUUACUUGCCAACUCACUAUUCCGAAAGAAAUGGAUAAAAUACCUUGGAUCCCUCUGUUUUUUCUUCAUCCAAGAACAAGACAGUAGCGAUUUUGAGCAGGCAACUUUUCCAUCUGAUUUAAUUUAACAUGGGGGGCGGUGGGGGGGGGGGGGUACAUUCAUUCAUGCAUUGUAACAAGUUAUUAUUAAGACCUCCAUGAACAUAUGUAGAAUUGCAAAAUAAAAAAACCAAACACUUAAGUUUUAGAAAGCCUAUUAUUCCAAAAUACCAAACUUUUUUGUCAAAUAUUUCGCCAUAAUGUGAACAUUCUGUGCUGACUGGCACAAAUGAAAUGUAAUUUGUCAUUUUUUUGAAGGCAAGAAAUAUUUUGAUGAAUGAAGUGUUUAUUACCCAGUUUCAUGUAUGGAAUUGCCCUUCAUUUUGCAUUUUUACUUUAUAAAUGCCAUUGCAAAAUACAUUUACCAGGAGUGUUUCAUUGCCGGUUAAUAUUGUUGUGUCUGUCCACAACUUUCUAUUGCAUACAAGUGCAAAAAAAAAAGUGUCUUCUGGUGUUACUUUAAAACUGGUUUUGAUCAUCACUGUACCAACUAAACCUUUAUUGUAUGUUAAACCGAUAGAGCAAUCACUGUAAUCACAAAUGUAAUUAGAAACCUCAGUAGCAUUUGUAAACAAACCACAGUCCUUUUAAUUCUAACUGCAUCAAAAAUGAACAAUUUUAUCUUUUUUGUGUGUUAAUGCAGGAUGUUCAAAGCAUUAAAUGUUUGUUAUGAACUGUGAAUUUACUUAUUUUUUUUAUUGCUUGACUUUCUCCCCACAUUAUUUUUAAUGUAUUUGCAUUUUUGUUUGUACAAGGUAAUUACUGAUAUGUGUUUACGUUUGAUUAAAAUUGUGUUUUUACACCAUUUGAGGUGGACGAAACACUGCAUGCAUUAGUGUCACACCACCUGUACAGUUUGACAAAGAAUACCUUCAAAUUUGACUUCAUUAAAAUGAACUCCGUCA